AUGGAAAUCAAUCAGACUAAAUCUACAGCGGAAGCGGGUGGUGACGACGACGACACGGUCACGAUAGGAGAGACUUUGGAAGCGCCAGCCCUCUCCGCGGGAAACAAGGCGAUUGACAAGAGUGACGUAGCCGCAAUACAAGCGGCGGAGGAUCGCGCGACCGGGCUCGGCCAUCUUGUGCCCGGUGGCAUUGGCGCAGAAGCCGAAUCUGCGGCCGCAUACAACAUGAAGACCACGAGGGAUGAUGAGAAGACCACGCUCGCCGACAUUUUAACCAUAAAUAAGAGCAUCCGCAACGAUGCUAGUGAGAAAUUGGUGGACGAUAAGGCGGUGACAAGGGAAGAUGCGCAAAGGGUGAUAUAUGCGGAGCUGAGGAACAACGAUGAUCAACCCACGAACCCAGGCGGAGUUGCUGCAAACGUCGCGGCGGCGGCCAAGCUUAAUCAGAAAUGA